AUGACUGAAGUGUUGAAGAAAAGCUACGAUGUUUGCGAAGAGAUCGGCCGUGGAAGAUUCGGCGUCGUUUUCAGGUGCGUUUCUCUGAUCUCCGGCGAAUCGUUUGCCGUUAAAUCAAUCGAUAAACGGAGAAUCUCCGCCGGCGAUUCGCUUGAUUCGCAGUGUCUUUACAACGAGCCUAAGAUUCUCAAUCUGGUCUCGCCUCACCCCAACAUACUCCGCCUCCACAACCUCUAUGAAGACGAUUUUCAUCUCCACAUGGUGCUCGAUCUUUGUCCGCCUUCUAAAGACCUCUACAAUCUCAUCGUCAACGACGGGCCGUUCCCAGAAGCCCGAGCCCGGCUCAUCGUCACCCAACUCGUUAACGCCCUCGUCCACAUUCACGGCCUCGGCGUCGUUCACCGUGAUAUCAAGCCGGAGAACGUCCUUUUCGAUUCGAGAAAUUCCGUUAAUUUGACGGAUUUCGGUUCGGCCGAUGUGGUUGCGAAAGAGCCGCUUAGAGGGGUGGUUGGGACGCCGUAUUACGUGGCGCCGGAGAUUCUGGCCGGGAGGGAAUACGGGGAGAAAGUGGACGUAUGGAGCUGCGGCGUCGUUUUGUACAUAAUGCUGGCGGGGUUUCCGCCAUUUGACGGCGAAACGGCAGUAGAGAUUUUCGAGGCGGUUUUGAGGGGAAAUUUGAGGUUUCCCGUUAGGGCUUUCCAGUGGGUUUCGCCGGGCGUUAAAGAUCUGUUGAGAAAAAUGCUGUGUAAAGAUGUUUCUAGAAGAUUGUCCGCCGAACAAGUUCUAAGACAUCCAUGGAUAACAGGUGGAGGGUGAAUUUGGAAGUUUUCUGCUGGAAAAGUUUGUGAUACACUUUGCUGCUACUUUGUAGAAACACGGUUUUUUUCUAUAGAGAUGAGAAGCAAGGCUUUCUAGCCUGGGGAGACUGUAAAAAGGAGAGAGAGAGAGAGAGGUGAA